GCCCCUUCCUUCAAGUUUUCACACAUAGCUCCAAAUCCAAUAUUUUCUACUCAAAAUUAGCAUUGCUUUUUGAUCAUCAAAUUAAGAAAAACAAAUUAAAGAGUGAAAAAUAUGGGAAGCGUAGAAGAGGAGAGACUGGUUCAGAUGGUUCAUGAUUUUAUAGAAUCAUCAUCAUCAUCAUCAUCAUCAUCAUCAUCAUCAGAAGAUCAAUCAACACCUCCUGAUCAUCACUGCAACACCUUUCCUCUUGCUAACCAAACCGAGUAUUACAAUUUGCAGGAGAUGCUUGGGCGCAGGACAAAGGCCGAAGGUGAGGUCCUUGAGAGAGUUUUGAAGCACAUAAUUAUAAUGAGAAACAAAAAGGAUGAAUACAACCAUCAUCAUAUUAUUAGAAACUUUCUUGUCAUGAAGCUUAACACCGAUGGCUUCAAUGCUUCUCUUUGCCAUACUUCUUGGGUUACUUCCUUUGGAUGCCCUGCUGGUGAUUACGAGUUCAUUGAGAUUAAAAAUGGGAAGAAGAAGAAGAAGAAGAGGGUGAUAGUGGACAUAGAGUUCAAGUCACAGUUCCAAGUGGCAAGGCCCACCCCAUUCUACAAGCAGCUGACGGAUUCACUCCCUCAGAUAUUUGUGGGGACGGAGGACAAACUCAUCCCGAUUAUAUCACUCCUUUGCUCCGCAGCCAAACAGUCCCUCACAGAAAGAGGCCUCCACGUGCCCCCUUGGAGAACCGCCGCUUACAUGCACUCCAAAUGGCUCUCCAUCAAUUCUUCCCAAACCCAAAACCACCCACGUGAUCAAAUUACUAAUGAUCAAAUUAGUAAUGAUCAUAAUUUUAUUACUACUAAUAAGUGGGAAUGGGCACCUCCUAAUCCUCUUGUUAAUAAUAAUAACAAAACAAGGGAUUUGGGAGGAGGUGCCUCUGCCUUGUCCACUCAAUUCUCCAACAUGAGCAUCAACUGCUGCUGACAUUUUUUAUUUUUAUUUUGGUUUUCUAAUUAACCUUAGAUUAGAUUUCCUAGUUUUCUUCUUUUUUAUUUUCUCUCUCUCUCUCUCUCUCAAUAAAUAAUCAAUAUGUUUGCUAAUUAGGGUAUUUUACUACAUUAUUAAAAUGUUAGUUUGUUUGUAUGGAGGGGUUGUUGAAUGAAUCCGUCGUUAUUUUUGGGCA